AUGCCACAGGUUGCCCCAUCUCUGAGAAACUAUCAGUACAGCCAACAGCAGACACAGUACCAACAAGGCUCUGGGACGCACCAGACAUUCAGCCAACAGCAGUAUCCAUCCCAAGCCGGCUACAGCGCUCAGCCUCAGGGAUACGGUGCAGGGCAGGGCAGCUCAUCCCAGUAUCCUCAGUAUCAGCAGGGCCAGAGUCAGCAGUACCCAUCAUACCGCUUCAUUCAGCCAAGACCAGCCGCCCCGUCACAGAGGUCCUACCCUUUUGAACAGGUGAACACCAUGACCGUCCUGUACAAUGACAAAGUGACCCAGCCCAGUAAUGAGAGGGGUCAGUAUGGAAACUAUCAGCAAUAAAGAGACAUGGCUAAUGUUUGGGGCAGUUUUUUGUGUACAUCCCUCUUUACUCUGGAUGCUGGAAAAACAGAGGAUUCUCCACCAGCCCUGUCUCACAGGCUUGCUACGGAAUCAGAAUUAAACUCUAUAAACAG